AUGACGGGCAAGUUGGUUAUAUGCAUGGUAGGGCUGCCUGCUCGAGGCAAAUCUUUCAUUGCAGAGCGUGUCAAGACUCACUACCAAGAGUUUUAUGGGAACGAAGAGAGCUGCAGGCUUUUCAACGCAGGGAAACAGCGGCGGCAGAUGGCUUCCGAUGAGGAAGAAGAAACUGUCGGUGAUGAGGCUGGUAAAGUCAGUGGGCAGCCGCUGUUACAUCGUACGAUCACAGAACAGGGCUACCUAAACCUCGCAUCCCUUGACGCCCAAGCGGCCCACGAGCUUUCAAAGCGGGCUAUGGCGGUUGAUGCGCCGAAGCAAACACUGUUCGACACACAAAACUGUGAAGCCGUAAGUCGGCGUGACGAAAUAGCGACAGCCACUCUAGACAAAAUGUGUCGCUGGCUCGCCAGCGAUGAUUCCCAUCGUAUUGGUAUAUUUGAUGCCACAAACACCACCAGGUCUCGCCGAAGGUUAAUUAUUGACACAAUAUCUAGAUUUGGAUCAGGUUAUCAGGUACUAUUUCUAGAAAGCAUAUGCAAUGAUGAGGCGGUGAUAAACCGGAAUAUUCUCCAUAAGGUAUACCGUUCGCCUGACUAUAUGCACGUGGAAGAUAAGGCUUGGUGCUACCUUGAUUUCCAAAGUCGGCUUAGGAAUUACGAAAAAGUGUACGAGAAGUGCGAUGUAGGUACUGAAUUUGCUAUAAAACCCGAUAACAUCGCAGGGAUAGGAUGCCUCAAAGUGAUUGACUUGGGGCUAACAUUGCAGUUGCAGGGACACACAUCACGUCGUUGUGAGAGUGAGCUCAUGUGCGUGCUUCAUAACUUGUACCACAAGACAGCAAGCACAGAAACCUUUUCCAGAGCCAGGUCAUUUACUUUUACUCGCUCAUCGUGUUCUUCUAGUUCUUCGUCCCUAUUUUCUAUUCCAAGUUUGCUUUUAACAAACCAAGAGCUGGAGUUCGAUAAUGUAUCGCGAGCAGAAUUGGAAGACGACGAUGAACAGCCUCUGGAAUACUCUUCUUUGAGGCAACGCAAAACCACAAUGUGA